AUGUGCUCCAAAUUCGUCCUCGCCUUUGGUCUUCUGGCUCUGGCUGCGACUGCCUACGCCGCAGGAACUGAUCCCGCCACACCACCCGCCACACCACCCGCCACACCACCCGCCACGCCACCCGCCACACCACCCGCUUCAUCGACCCCACCAUCAUCUUCGCCAACUACACCACCUUCUUCGCCAUCGACCCCAAGCUCGCCAUCCACACCAAGCUCGCCCACCACUCCGACGACCCCGAAUACACCAGCGACCCCGACUACGCCCUCUUCGCCCCCGUCCCCCACUCCUAGUGACAAUAACUCCAGCACCGAGGAAGAGGUGACCAAGCUGGAGCGCCAGGUUCGGAGGCUGAGGAGACAGAUGAACCGGAUGAGGCGCCAGGGACGCCUGGAGCGCCAGGAGAUCCGUCAGAUAAGGCGCCAAGCAGGACGGCGUCAGAGGCGACGAAACCAGCGCGGAUUCCGCCAGCGCAGGGGUCGAUUCUAAGAAUAUUUACGAAUUGGAAACGAUUGGCCAAAAACAUCUAAUAAAAUGU